GCCCAUACCAGUUCUCCCAUCCGAUUCCGAAGAAUAGCUCCUCCCGAAGCACAGCCAGGUUUGAACGAAGCAUCUACGUUCAAUUUGAAGUUUUGUUUAGGCCUUUUCCACUUGACAACCUGAAUAAUAGGGUAAUUAAACUUAAACCUUAACGGAAUAAAGUUUUCAGUGUACAAAAAAUCUUCCACCCUUCUUCGUUUUAUCUUUGUUUAAGUUGAAGCCCAUUUCUAAGUAUAGAACUUGAUUUGUAGAAUAAUGUAAUCUGGACUUGGUAUAGAACCCGAACCCCAAGUGUAUGAAGAAAAAACCUUCCAAAUGUGCCAUGUAAUAAUGCCAGGCAUAAUGUGCUUAAAAAUAUCUGCCAUUGAUUUAGAACCAGCCUCAAUCCAUCAUAGUAUAAGAACUUGCCUAAAUGAAGAUGUGUUAGGAAAACUGUAAACUCUUCUUAUGACAAUCUCUUUUCAACCGACAUGAUAGUUGGAAGUGACAAAUUCCAUAAUAACAAGUACAAGGAAACUAUUUUAAAUUACAAAGAGUUAAUGACAAUAAAAAACAUCUCAUUAAAUGAUUAAUUUUGAAUUUGUGAUAGGAAAAUAUUAUCUGAUUAAAAUUUACAUCUUUUGGUGAUUCAAUUUUUUCAUAAUAAAACCCUGGGAAAACUGUCAAAUAAGUCACCCUACUACUACGAAUAAGUCAAUUAAGGCUCUGAACUCAAUUAUCAACCAAUCAAGUAUCCCAACUUCAAAAAAAAAUUAAAACAGCUCUUCAAGAGGUUAACAAACGGCUCUCCGGUAUACAUACGCAUGUGGCCAACAUGUGUCAAAUCUUUUCUUUUUCUUUUUCUUUCUCAUCUUUCUCUUUCUUUCUUUCUACUAAUUCAUCCUCGACCCUUCGUCUUUGUUGCUCCUCCUCCAUCUUUGCUACGCCUCCCUCCCUCAAAUCUUUAUUUCAUUUUUUGCUUUUAUUCUUCUCUUUCUCUUUCUUUCUUCCUGGUAAUUCAGAUGUAUUUAUUUGGACUAUUUUCAGUCCCAGAUCAGAUCAGACCAGUUCAGACUUGCAUAGUUAUAAAAUACACAGAGACCAUACAUUACCAGACCAGACUAGUUCAGGUAAACCAGACUUAAACAAAUCAGACCAGACCAGCAAAUUUCAUUCGAAGUAAAAACAUCCUUAGUCUGUAGCCCUCCAUCUUUAAUACCUCUCCCUGUAUAGACACAUAUAUGUAUCAAUUUUGUUAUAGGUACCCCAAAUGUAUACCCCAACUGCACCCCAUAUAAAAACCCACCCAAAAAAGUUACCCCCUCACCUCCCUCAUGUGCGCCCAACCUUUCCCCUCCCACCUUUCUUUCCAAAUGUCCCGCGCCUCUCACCUUUUCCCUUCCCCAACAUGUUUCGGAACACCCCCCCAAACCACUGUCACCUCAGACCUCAACCAGUCUUCGCAUCCCACCCUCGAACACCAAAGCCGUCAUCUACCUUCCCGGCGUGUUCACAGUCGGUCGAAUUAACCAGCCCAACCCAUCCGCCACAAAAAAACAGUGUUCUUCCCCACCCCCAUGAACCAACAGUUGCUUCCCCCAGAACAGUGCCCACCGUCAGAGAGCACUCCAGCCUCACCCCUGUUCGCCCUAGCCCUCUUAUAGGACGUAAACACUUGAAGGUUGUCAAAUCAGUUCAAAAUCACUUUGUUGUGAAGGUUUGAAGCUCUAUGGUUCGCACAAGCUUAACAGAAAUGGCUGAAAGGUAUGGUUUUUGUUCUGUUUAUAUUGGAUUUAUUUUUUCUUGGUGUGAAUAACUUUUGUAAAUUUAGAGUUGUCUGUCAUUAUGUUUGUGAGUAGUUUGAAGUUGUCUGUGCUUUGUUUGUAAUGGUUUAGUAGUCUGUUGUGUGUGGUUUGAAGUUGUCUGUCAUACUAGUGAACUAUUUUUGUACAUGUGAGUUGGCUGUCAUGUGAUAUAAAAUGUCUGGCAAGAUAUUUUAGUCGUCCGUCAAUUCAGUUUGAAUGGUUGAAACUUGGUUUGUAGUUGUUUGUCAUGUGAAAUUAGUUGUGUGGCAACCCAUUUGAGAUGCAUGACAACCCAUUUGAAUUGUUUAAAAUUGGUUUAUAGUUGUCUGUCAUGUGAAAGGACAUGUCUUGCAAGCCAUUUGAGUUGUUUGUCGCUUCAUUUUGAAUGGUUGAAUCUAGGUUUGUAGUUGUCUGUCAUGUGAAUUUAGUUGUCUGACAAGCCAUUUGAGUUGUCUGGCAGGUCAAAUUGAAUUCUAUAAAAUUGGGUUGUAGUUUUCUACCAUGUGAAUUGACUUCUCUGGGAUCGUAUUGCAACAAAUUGUUCACAUCAUAUGGAAUUGUUGGAAUUGUUUAAACCUCCUGUGUAGUUGUCUGUCAUGUGAUAUAAAAUGUAUGUCAUUCCUUCUGAGUUGACUGUAAUGUGAAAUGGGUCUUUGUAAUGUCAUUGAUUUGGCUGAAAUCUAUGAUAUGUAUUUGUUGAAAUUAUACAAAGCAUUUGAACUACAAAUUCUUGUGUCCAACCCGUUUUGAGCCCAGUAUUCUGUUUGCUCAUUUUUCAACUACAAAUUCCUGUGUCCAAGCCGUUUUGAGCCCAAUAUUCUGUUUGCUCAUUUUUCAAAGAGACUGGAAGAUGAAGGAUAUAUACAUUGAAGAAGAUGAAGGAACAAACUAGAUGAGAUGAUGGGCUUGUGGACUGUAACAACUUCGGAGGAAGCUCCAAUUUUUGGUGGAAAAGAAUAGAGUGGGUAGACGAGGGAAUGUGAGAUUGAGAUUUUUUGGGGGGAGAUAAAAAAUGGUAAAAUAAGAGAGUGUUUAUAUGGGAUACAAAUGGGUUAUACAUUUUGGAUACCUAUAGAAAAAUUGUAUAUGUAUUGACCCACACCAAAUCCAAAUCCAAAUCAGCAUUAUUUCUUGGCUUUUGUAUCCACCGAAACAAAAUCCAAACUAAGCGACUCCAAUUUCUUGUUGCCUAAACAAAUCAAAAUAACCAUUGUAUCUUAGCUUUUAGAUCCAAACGAAAUAAAUUUUGAAACCAAAGAAAGAUGAGGAAGAAAUGAAAAGAGGAUGGAGUAGUAGGGGAGACGACGUUAGGUGGGGGUGUCUAGUCAGCUAAGCCAAGAAGACGUAGUGCGGUAGUGGGGGUGAUGAACCAGGGGAGCGGAGAACCAGACUGAGGAGAGAAAAACAAGGGAGGGAAGAAAGAAAAAGAAAAAAGAAAAGAAAGAACAAUUAAGGGCUCGUUUGAUCUACUGAAAUUUAUUUAUGAAAUUAUGGAUGAAUGGGAUACAUUGGCUAAUUCUGUUGAUUUAUAAAAAAAAUUAUUUAAAGUAUAUUUAUUAAUAAAAUAUAGAAAAUAUAUAUGAAAAGAUAGUUAAAAUGAUCCUCUACAAUAAUUUCAGCCAAUAAUGUCAGAAAAGUAACUCAAAUCUUAUUUUUUCUUAUUAUUACACAAUUCAGCGCGGGAAAUGAGAAGUUUCGUGAUUGGUGAAAAGUUGCUCCUAACUUUGAUAAACCAAAAAAAUAUGGUCACCAAAUAAGUUCUAAAGGUCAUACCACGCCACACGCCACAUGUGCAGUUUACCUAGGAACCGGGAG